AUGUCAGAUUCGGCAACUCGAAGCGCUGCGCCUCUCAAUGGCACACACAUCGAAAGUCUUAGCACUAUCCCAUACACUUCAGCCGCAGCUGGACAUCAAGGCAUCGCCACAGACCCAACUGGCGCCAUGCUCAUCAAGCCCUGCACCCAAGCCGAGAUUGACUUCUACGAGUCUGCCAAGGCCCAUCCAGCCUUCCAGGCACAUAUGCCCGUAUACAUGGGUCAAGUAAGCCUAGCCGACGAGAAGGACCAAUCGAAAGCGAAACAGCUCAUGCAACAGCAGCAAAGCGCAAUCAUCAACACACCAAAAUCCGCCUCGAGCACCCCAAUCCCAAUAGCAGGCGCACCACAACGCGACACAUUCCAAUCCUCAGCUCGAAGCUCAACCUCAACUCACAGACGCGUCGACUCCGGCCACAUCAUCUCCGACCCCCUCAUCGCCCGCUCCGCCAGAAAAGAAUGGACACCAAGUGGCGGCGCCAAGCUCGACAGCAACCUCUCCAUCGUGCUCUCCAACGCGACAGCCGGCUUCCGAAAACCCAAUGUCAUCGACCUCAAACUCGGCGCGAGGCUCUGGGAUGACGACGCGCCCGCCGCAAAGCGCAAGAAGCUGGAUGAAGUCUCUGCCGCGACGACGAGUAGCAGUCUGGGUUUUCGCGUGGCAGGGAUGAAGGUCUAUGUUGGUGACGAGUCUAAUAGCGAAGUGACCAGAGAGGUAAACACCGAGGUCGCCGAUGGAUAUAAGACGUACAACAAGUUCUAUGGCAGGGAUGGAAUCACGAAGGAAAACGUCAAGAGUGCUUUUGAUGCGUUCUUCUGGAGCUUGGAUCUGCUGAGUAAUGCGGCUGAUAAGCAAGGUAGGAGGAAGCAACUCUUGAAAAGGAAGCUGCUGGUCGAGAUGCUAUUGCGCGAAGUCAGUAGCAUCGAAUAUGUAUUUUUGAACGAGGAGAGCCGGAUGUACAGUGCGAGUGUCUUGAUGGUCUACGAGGGAGAUCCUGAAGCACUCGACAGCGUCAUCACUUUCAAAACGCAGAACGAUCAGAUCGUGAGCGCCGAAGUCAUUGAGUCACAAGAAGAAGAUGAAGAGGACAGGGCCGGGGACGAAGAUGAUGAAGACGAUGACGAGACGCCCAAACAGAAGAUUGAGGAGGUGGUUCUGAUUGACUUUGCCCAUGCGCACUGGACGCCGGGACAAGGGCCUGAUGAGAACGUGUUACACGGUGUGAGAAGCAUAAAGAAAACACUUGAGGAUAUUUUGCACGAUACUGAGGAGAAGCUUAAGAGCUGA